AUGUUCGUCUUACCUCCCCCGCCGCGCUACCCUAGCGGCAAUCUAUAUACCGGCUACCCACCAGGCGCCAUCAUCGAGACCAACAACACUCUCUCCAAGCAUACCGGCCCUGAAUACCAGCUCCUCGUUGGUGAGGGUACCUAUGUCCAACGCGAUGAGCUGCUUCUGGCCACACCUCCGCCUCAUCCCUCCGACAAUCCUGUGCCCAACACCAAUCCCCUCGCUACCACCAUUGCUCCUCCCACCCAAGGUACUAGACUCUCGCUGUGCAUAGUCGCCCCCAAGAAGCUUCCUGACAACUCCCUCGCCCGCACCAUUACCGCCAGUAGCCAGCUUUCUGCUAUUCCCAAUUCUCAAGACGAACCCAUGACCCCCACCACCGACUCGGCUUCGUUCUUCAGAUCAUCUGCCGCUCCUGUCUUUGGAGACAACAACCCUGCUCUUGCCCCCAUUCCUAACAAGGACUCCAAAGAUCCUUCCAAGAGGCGCAAGCCCAAGAACAACAUUGUCAAAAGCAACUCCUCGUUUGUCUCCAGAGUCAUUCCCCACGAAGCCCUCCAGAAGCGUCUCCAAGAACGCAAUCCACAGGGCACCUUUGCUUUCUCAAAUAUCAACAGAGCUCUUCAAUGGCUAGACCUUUCUUCCGACACAAAGACCGAGAACCUCACAAAGAUCUUGUUCACCAAAGCUCACGCCCUGUGCCACCAUGUCAACCCACUUACCAAAAGCACCACCCACCUCGACGUCAUUUUGGGCUUCUCCUCGUCCGACAUCAUCUGGUAUGAGCCCGUAUCUCAAAAGUAUGCUCGCAUCAAUAAAAAUGGCGCCAUCAAUUCUUCUGCCGUCUCUUCCAUCUGGUGGCUGCCCAACAGUGAGAACCUAUUCCUGGCUGCUCACAUGGACGGUACCCUGGUCGUCUAUGACAAGGAAAAGGAAGAUGCUCCCUUUGUACCCGAACAAGAAUCUCCCGACUCUGCCGAUGUCCAACCUGGUCCAGCGUCCUUUUCCAUCAAAAAGUCUGUUCAGUCACGAAAUCAGAAAACUAACCCUGUAGCUGUAUGGAAAAUCAACAACCAGCAAAUCAAUUGCAUUUCCUUUUCCCCUGAUGGCAGACAUCUUGCUGUUGUGUCAGAAGAUGGCUCCUUGCGUAUCAUCGACUACCUCAAGGAACAGCUCCUGGACGCUUUUACCUCAUACUAUGGUGGUUUGAUUACUGUAACGUGGUCGCCUGACGGCCGGUACAUCCUGACCGGUGGUCAAGAUGAUAUUGUUAGCAUCUGGUCCUUUGCAGAUGCUACAUUGGUAGCCCGUUGUCAGGGACACAGUAGUUGGGUCACUGAUGUCAAGUUUGAUCCCUGGAGAUGCGACGAGCGCAACUAUCGCUUUGGCAGUGUUGGCGAAGAUUGUAAGCUCCUACUCUGGGACUUUUCCGUUGGUAUGCUCGGUCGACCGAGAGCAGCUGCGCAGAUGUCGAUCAAACACAGAGGCAGUGUGACUUCUAAUGUCAUCACGCGGAAAGAGACCAAUUCUACAGUCGGCCGUAUCAGAUCACAUUCGACAAUCUCAGAGGAUGGUGAGGGUGCGACAAAUGGCACAGACGUAGUUCACGGCUUUAGAACAAAAGCAAGCACAGCAAUGUUACCGCCCGUCAUGUCGAAAAAGAUAGACAAUCAUCCGUUGAGCUGGCUUGAGUUUCAGGAAGACUGUAUCAUGACAGCGUGCAAAGAUGGCCAUGUUCAUACUUGGGACCGACCCAAGGAAGGAGCCGGAGAGAACGGACACAACUCCAGCGAUGCCGACAACAGCGCGAUCUAA